GGCACGCGCGCCGUUGUCGCCGGCCGGCCGCCAGUCGAUCGCGGAACGUCCUCUGAGCGGCACGCGCGCCGCUGUUGAUAAUAAUAUUCAACGCGAUCGUAACAGUGCGCGCGUUCAAUUCUUAUAAACAGUCGUCGCACCAACUUCAAAUUGGCGCUUAGCGCCUUACCGGCUAUCGUACCUUAUACCUCCUAGGACAAAAUGUGCUGGAUUUAUGUGCUUCAUAGUAUAGUGAUUGAACAGGUGCAGCCCACGAACGGCAGAUAGUGUUGCGGCCAGACCGCUAGUGAACUCGGUGACUGUGUGAACGUUGUCGCGGUUGAACGCCGCUGUAGGGAUUUGUAACAAGCAGCCGCCCUGUGCGGCCGAGCAUGACGAUGGAUCAGCCAGGCCUCUUGUCCCUCAAUAUGUCUCCAUUCGAUCUGAGUCCGGGUCCAGAAGGAUCCGGUUCCGGUGGACCCUCUGGUACAUCGCAGCAGCAGUAUGUGCCCCAAGGCGCGGCAUACCAAUGCCAACCUGACCAACAAUCCUCUUUUGGUUACGCCAACUUGGACGCUUCCUAUUUGUUUCCAACAGGCGCCGGAGGUGAACCUGGCGCCUAUCUGCCUGCUACUGGAACUGUAUGUGACCAAACCGAUACUAAGGAUGUGAUCGAAGAAUUGUGUCCCGUCUGCGGGGAUAAAGUCAGCGGAUACCACUACGGACUCCUGACCUGCGAGUCUUGCAAAGGCUUCUUCAAGCGAACCGUUCAAAACAAGAAGGUCUACACGUGUGUUGCUGAUCGAGCUUGCCACAUCGAUAAGACGCAAAGGAAGCGUUGCCCAUUCUGCCGCUUUCAAAAAUGCCUCGACGUUGGCAUGAAACUCGAAGCCGUUCGAGCGGACCGUAUGCGAGGCGGUCGCAAUAAGUUCGGUCCCAUGUACAAACGCGAUCGCGCUCGCAAACUGCAGAUGAUGCGGCAGCGACAGAUUGCAGUGCAGACACUGCGUGGCUCUCUCGGGGAGAGCGGCCUAGUGCUCGGCUUUGGCACGCCCUACACCUCAGUACCGGUCAAGCAGGAGAUCCAAAUACCGCAAGUGUCGUCGCUUACAUCGUCACCAGAGUCAUCCCCUGGGCCAGCGCUUCUCGCCGCCCAGCAACCACAGCCACAGCCUCCCCCACCGCCGGCUCACGACAAAUGGGAGGCUCAUUCACCACACUCUGCUUCUCCGGAUGCCUUUGCCUUCGACACGCCAGGCACGACGGCUGCUACACCCUCCAGCACCGCGGAGGCCACCAGCACAGAAACUCUCCGAGUAUCGCCCAUGAUUCGCGAAUUUGUUCAAACAAUAGAUGAUCGCGAGUGGCAAAACUCGUUGUUCGGACUCUUGCAGAGCCAAACCUACAACCAGUGUGAGGUGGAUCUCUUCGAAUUAAUGUGCAAAGUUCUGGACCAAAAUUUGUUCUCGCAAGUGGACUGGGCGCGAAACACCGUAUUUUUUAAGUAUCUAAAGGUCGAUGACCAGAUGAAGCUGCUGCAACACUCGUGGUCCGACAUGUUGGUCCUAGAUCACCUUCACCAGAGGAUGCAUAACGGUUUACCCGAUGAAACAACUUUACACAAUGGCCAGAAGUUUGACCUGCUUUGCCUAGGACUCCUUGGUGUGCCUUCCCUGGCCGAUCACUUCAACGAGCUUCAAAACAAACUUGCAGAGCUAAAAUUUGAUGUCCCUGACUAUAUCUGUGUCAAAUUCUUGCUUCUGUUAAAUCCAGAAGUGAGGGGCAUCGUGAAUGUGAAAUGCGUCCGAGAAGGAUACCAGACAGUGCAGGCCGCACUUCUCGAUUACACUCUAACCUGUUACCCCACGAUACAGGAUAAAUUCGGCAAACUAGUGAUGGUGGUUCCCGAGAUUCACGCGCUGGCUGCGCGGGGCGAGGAGCACCUGUACCAGAGACACUGCGCCGGUCAAGCCCCUACACAGACUCUGCUCAUGGAAAUGCUGCAUGCCAAGCGCAAGCCGAACGGAGGCGAAAUGGUUAACCGGAGUGCCGAGCACACGUCGACACUAGACCGAUUGUGCGGUUUCCUGCCAAGCGACACGAUUGAGCCGCAUUCACCCAUCUAGAAUCUUGAAAUCCCAGUGAAGAAUAAGGAGAAGAUCGAAGAUGCGCCAAGCGCAAUCAAUACCGCAUCCGAUAGAAUGUUACACAACAAAUAUUACUUAUUAAUUAGCUUUAGUUUUUAACUUGGUGUGUGAUUAAAUUUAAUAAGUUAUUGCGCCGAGCGCCGGCCGGUGGUGCCGAGCGUGCCUAGUCCGAAUACAGAUAAAACAAAUAUUUAUCUACCUUAUUUCUGUAACAUAAAUUUACAAAAAUAUUAUACACCAGUCUUGUGUAGCUACGGUUAAUUUAUUUAGCAGUAUAAAACGUGUUACUUCAAAAUUGAAUAAGUACAUUGUAUAAACUAGGUUCUCUUAAACUCCGGUGCGAAGCAGAGGAAAUAUUACAAUACAUAUUUUAGGAAAGCGUCUGUGAUUAUAAACGAAGAAAUUUGGAGAAAACCAUUUUAAUGUUAGUUGAGAUGAUAUGUAUAAUAAAUGGUUAGUUUUAUUGCAGUACAUACAUGCAAUUAUGUAGCGAGUGGGCUGCCGGGCUGCAUGGCUCCAGUCGCCCGCCCGUUUUCAUUAUACAUAUUACACGUUCGUUACUAACAAUAUACAUUAUUAUCUUCUUUUAAGAUUACGCACUUUGCAAUCGAUGUAUAUCUGUCUUCACUGAUAUAAGAAGUUCUUAGCUUACUGUCCCUUGGGGUGAAUGUGAUUCCAUUGUGGAUUCGUUCGUACGAGAAAUUAAACUGGCGCAAUAUACAUAGUUAUGGCUUGUGGUGUUUCAGAUUUUAUAGAAAGUUGAUAUUUGAAAAUAAAAUUAUUCUUAAAAAUAUGUAUUAACUAUGUGUUUAAAAAUAUCGAAUUCAUGUUAAAAAUUGGCAGUUAUUCCCUUAAAUGUUUAUCUGAAUGUUAAAAUAAAUAUAAAGGUAGUUAAUGCGGUUGCGCUAGGCUAGACCAAAAAUCAAUAUGGUUUUAAAUAUCAAUUUUUUUAAGUGACGACACUGCACUCCCUUGUAACUUACUGCGUGCGUAAUAGUAAGGCCGUUCGUCUAUUUGGACAAUGAGAAACUGUGGUUUCUGUUGUUAUUUUUAUAAUAUCUUUCAGUAUGUAAAUAAACGAUAGUCCCGUUUUUUUUGUCUUGGGCGACCACAUUAACCCCGAAUUAUUUUUAUUGGACGUACCAGUACAAAUAAUAAUGUAAUAUUAUAAAUAAUUAAACAAGUUAAAAAUAUAUAAUUCUACUUGUAAAAAUAUGUAUAGUAAUUUCACAACAUACGUGCAAAAAGCCUUAAAUCAUAAAUUUUUAAUAAUGUAUGGGUACUAGCGUCUACCGGCCAAUGGUCGUGGAAGAUGAUGUAUUUUUAUAAAACAUAUUGUUCUUUAUUAACAUAUAUAAUAUGUUAACUGAAAGUACAUGGUUUCGUAUUUUUCUAACAUAAAUAAAAAUAUAGUAGAGUAUGUAAACAAGUGUAAUCAUCAACUUAAAAAGUGAACAUGAAUAUACAAAAUAAUAUUAUUAUUAUAUGUGAAACAAGAUAAUUGUGUAAAGAUAUGUAUGAUACCCACAGGAUACGUUGCAAAUUUAAUUUGAGAACGUUUUAUUUUUAUAAUGAUUUCGUAAGUGUCGUUAGGAAAGGACACUCGACUGGCGUGGUAGUUUAAGCCAGUGUGCGAGUUAGAAAAAGUUAUGUGUCGACCUUCGUUACGUCGAGUCGUCAAAUCCUGACUACUUUGUGUAUGUGAAGAAUUUCAGUUUAUCGAAAAUGUGAUUAAUGGUUUGUAUUUAGGAAUGAAUGUUUAUGUAGUAAACUUAUAAUAGGAUCAUUGCACCAAGUGCGAAUGUAUGUAGUAGGCCACGUCAACGAGUAGAUAUUGUAUGUUUUCCAUUAAUUGGCUUAGUUGCCUACCUAGGGUUUAUGCAUAACAGCACCAUAUUUUGUCUACACCGUCCAGUGAACACUAUAACUUUAUCAUCGUGACAUUCUGGAUCUUUUAUGGAUUCAAUUCAGAUUAGUUGAUGAAUAUGGAACAAUCAAUAUAUAUCGAUUUUGUUAUCAACCUGUAUGAUAGAUGUAAAUGUUAUUAGGAAGUUUUAUGAUGUUAUGUAAUGUUCAAUAGAAAGGGAUUUGGUACCUAUUUUAACUCAAGCGGAGUUCCUUUAACGACGUUGUGGUACAAUUUGUUUAUAUUGUUAUACCAAUUAUAUACAAGUAAUUUCGGUUGGUUUUGUCAUUGCUGUUGAAAGUUUUAUAAAGUAUAUUUACUUGAAAUAGGAUUUGACAGAAUAUAGUAAGUCUUAUGUCGUAACUGUGCUUAUUACCAAUCUUUGAUCAUGCACAUAAGUGAUAACACUACUCGACCACAUAUAAUAUACAUAUAUUUCGAUUUCUCUGUAAAUACUUGCAAUUAGAAUCAGAUAGAAACCCCACAUGUGUAAGUAAUAUCUUGUUAUUGCUAAAACAUAAUAUUUAAUAAAAUAGUACACUCUACAUGUGAAGCUGCGAUUUCAACAAAAUCACGCCCUUCAAAUAUGAUUAAUUCCGCGACUAAAGUACCUAAUUUAAAUUGGUAUUAACAGUGCAAAGUGUUAUGUGUAAAUAGAUUUCAUUUAAAUAGCAAUUUUCGUUAAUUGCACGCGUAAAUAGUCGCAUAUGCCUUAAAAGUUGCUCUCGCAGCUUCACAAGUAAGCGCUUUAUCAAAAAGCAAAGCUGAUCUGUGAUGGUAUGACAUAGGUAGGUACAUUAGGCUGUGUGGCUCUUAUUUGUCCCUACUUUAGGGGCGCAACAGAGGGUGACCAAUUAUUAAAGAGAUUACCUUUUUUGUCCUUUGCAGCUUUAAAAUGGACCUUAUAUUGAGACGAUGGGAUCGUAUUUAAAAGUGGGUCAGUUUUUUCUAUGCACCUUAGUGUUACAUUGUGUUAUAAUUUAAGCAGUUAACCAACAAGCACCGUUCAUUAACCGUUUACCUUAAUUUGGAUUCCUUUUAUUAGUUCUGUGGAUUUUAACUUACCAGUUCAUGUUACCAUUUAUACAGUAUUUAACGUGAUUUUAUUACAUAUACCUACAUACUAUGUUAAUAUAUUCGAGUAUUAUUGUAUAUGUAUAAAUAUUUCAAUGCAAUGUGAACACAUUUCUAAUACAAGGAACCAGUUCGACGCAUACAUAAUGUAAUGCCAUCAAAAUAACAAUGCAUAAAAAAUUGCAUAGGUAAUUAACCUGUUUUUGAUAAAUAUUCGUGUUUAUUCAUGCACUUUAUUAUCCCCAUAAAGUAUUAUUAAUCAAUAAUUCACAACUUAUUUACAGAAAAGUACUUACUAACUCAUUUUCCUUUUUCUAACAAUUUAUAAAGUAUAUUUAAGAUUUAUUAAUUAUUUACAUACAUAUUACGUAUUUGUUUUUAUGUAAAUCCUAAUUUAAUUAUGUUAUACACCUAUCUAACAUUUGAAAGACAAUUAUGUAAAUAAAAUCACGUACAUAUUUAUUCAUAUUAUUAUUAUAAUAUAUUGUGUAAUUAUGGUAUAAUGUUUUAUGGUGUGCAGUAUUGAAUGCACUACCACAGGUCGUGGUGACGCAGUGCAAGGUUACAGUGUCGUGUGCCAUUAGUUAAGUGAUCUUACAGGGUUUGUAACAGUUCUCCGUAGGCUCGAACGGUGCAAAAGUCUGCGGUCUUUGCGCCGCUCCUAGCGCAAGUACAACCUUCGAUUUUUGUGCACCCUAUAGUAGUUUUUCUUUUCUUUCAACAGCGAAGUUAGACAAUAAAUGGUUCAAUAUUAAGGUGCCAGUGUUCAUAAUUAUUUAUUUUCAUUGGUCUGCUUAACUGCCACUUCUUCAUCUUUCACUAACUGUAUAUUAUAUUUUAUCGACAAACAUUUUUGUUAAAAUUGAUAGAGUUAAAACCAUAAAAGUUUAAACCUACUAUUUACGUCUUAAGGUUUAGGUUGUACGUUAAUGUAUGUUGUAAGUAAUAUCUAUAUUUAUGAAUUAAAGUUGUAAGUAUUUUAAACUAUUAAGAUACACAAUGAGUGUUCUAUGUAAAUGUACAUUUUGAGUUCAAUUAGAGAGUAAGUGACGAGUAUAUAAUAGUAGCGCGUGCGCGGAGUCGAAUGACGCUCACUGUGCUCGAUCUGAACUGCAGCUCUGCGUCGCUGGUACCAGCCCGCAAGUGCUGCUCGUCAGGUCAGCAAGCGUUCCGCGGCCAUUUUUGGCGCUGUUACUUCGCUCAGAUUCGCCCGCGCAGAGUAAAGGAUUAUGCUACGUUUAUCACCAUGCUUCACCAACUUUGCUAAAAAAUUCAUCCCAUCAAAACAUUGCUGUGAGUAUGGGCGCUGUUUUGAAUCGUACGGACAAAUAUAGCAUAAACCUAAUGCAAGUAGCCCUCUGACGCCACCCGGCCUUUAGGCCCACGACCCGCCUGCUACCCCCUUCGUGUAGCUUACCUUUGUCAUUCUGGCGAUCAGUAGUAAAGAUGGGAGGGUAAAUGCGCGUCGCACACAUUCCAAAAUGAAACUAAUUGUAACGCUUAUGCACGUGUCGACGAUUGCGUUACUUUUGUAAUUUAACCACUUUGUUGUUCAUUAACGAUAAGUUAGAAUAAUUAAUCUCAGUCGAUGUUGUUUAUCUGUAGUCUGUGUAUAGUAUUCUCUCGGUUUAAGUUUAUGUGAGGAAGUGAAUUUGAGCGAAUCGACAGGCCUCAGCCUGAUGGGUUCAUAUUAGCUGUAAGAUCGUAAGUACCUAAGCGAUUACUUCUGUUGCACCUAACUUUAUUUCGCGAGCCGUGUUAGUUCUAUGUUGUUAAUUGUACAUAUAGGUAGGACGAGUUAUACAACGUUCAUUCAAAUGGUUAUUGUUGAACCUGAAAAUGUGGGGUUGGCAAGUAUCAAUGCAAUGUUGCAUUUUUGCUGUUAAUAAAGUUUAAUCGUUUACCAUAGAUGUAUGGCUAUUUAUGUAUGUGUUACUUGUUCAGUCGUUGGAGGCGCUCGGGUUUGUCGCCAAGGUGGGCUGCCGCUACGGGUAUAAGUCAUACGCGCUCAAAGCGCCGUGAUAAGCAUACGAGAUCAUUGAUCAGGCACAAAAUGCCCGAGGUGCGCAUUGCCCAGGCGUCUCCACGUCACGGUGGAACACAUCCCUCGCAUCAUGGUCCAGUGACCGUUAUAUGUAUAGUAAUUAAUAAAUGCAUAAGUACACCUGAUAAAAUCAAAAUGCUUAUUGUGAGGCUACCUUCAUUUUAACUGAAGACGAGUUGAACUAAAACGGAAAUAAACAUAAACGUCACAUCACUAUAAUUGACAUCACUGGUAUGUUGUAAUUGGUAAUAAGUAAUAUUAAAACAAAUUUGCUUGAUAUCCAUUCCGCAAUACAUGUGAACUGUUAAUUCAUUGUUGUACAGGAGACUAUCAGAUUCAAUUUGAGGCAGUUGUUAGUCUACACAGUUGGCAACAAGUCAACGGUGUAAAACCUCUAACUGCUCAUGUUCGCCGCGCUCAGUUAGAGUGGCGUAGCCGAUGUCGACCACAGCCACAUUUGUACCGUGUCAUUACCUCACAUUACAUCAUUAAAAAUAAUAGUUAUUGUUCUCUAAAUCUUUAAAAUUAUUUUAUUGUCAAUAUUGUUUAGUGGUGUCAUUAAAUUUUAAUGGUAAACAUGAUGAUGUAUUAGAUGGCAUCAUAGAUACAUGUAUAAGGCGGUGUGAGAGGUUGCUCGUGCAUCGUCAGUGUAUUUAUUUCCUUGGUGAUUAAUAAAUAUUGUGAGACGCACGUACGCGCAGGCGGCGAGGGCGAGGGCUC